UACCAGCACAACCUAGGCCACGGGAACUUAUGGAUGGAUUUAAGCAAUUUGCCAAAGUUGAAGAGCCAAGAGUUAUCAGAGAGCAGUCUUUAUAGUUACAUCCACCAAUACAUCCAGUCAUUGGAGAGGGAUGCCAGGUUGGACAUGAUUGAAGGAAUAAAUGAGAAGACCCGAAAGCGUUUCAAAAAUCCAAAAUUAUUAUAUAGUAACUGUGCCAAAAUAUGUAAGCAUGCUUUUGUUGCUUGGUGUCGAUCCAUUCUUAUUAGUUUGGCCUUGAUCACUCCAUUACCUGCUGAAAAUGCAAGUGUUCAGGCUCCUUCAACCGUAGCUGCUGGUUCAGAACCUGGCCUGCUGCUUUAUGAUGUUCUGAGCUUUUGUUUUGGCUCCAUGCUUUCAAGAUCCAUUCCCCAUUGCCUCUAAUCCUGUAUCUCAUGACCCUACUAAAAUAGUGUACUGUAAUUUUAUUUGAGAGAAGAUUUAGAGUGUUGGAUGGAUCAGUUGAACUGAUAUGUCGUGCUUUACAAAAUCAUUGUCAUCGUCUCAUUUCCAAGUUUGGAAGUGUUAAAAGAGCUGGAGAGGUUUCUUACA